UCUCUUUCUCUCUCUCUCUCUCUACCUGAACAGGUGAACAUUCCUGCUAUGAGCUACGUGGCCAUCAUGGCCGUCAUGCUGUUCGUGGCCAUGUUUGAGUUGGGCCCCGGUCCGAUUCCGUGGUUCAUUGUGGCUGAGUUGUUCUCCCAGGGACCCCGACCGGCCGCCAUGGCGGUGGCCGGCUGCUGCAAUUGGACGGCCAACUUCCUGGUUGGAAUGAGCUUCCCCAAACUAGUGGAUACGUGCGGGCCAUGGGUCUUCCUCAUCUUCACCGGUUUCCUUGUCAUCUUCUUCAUCUUCACCUUCAUCAAAGUCCCAGAGACGAAGGGCAAGACCUUUGAUGAGAUCGCCCGCAGCUUUGGCAGCGCCCCGCCUCCCACUUCCUCGUUUGUUGAGGAGCCUCCCGCUGGCGCCAGUGCAGCCGUGACGCUUCCCGCCUCUCCGGUGAAGGAGAAGGUGCCGCUGGUUGAGGCGGUGGUGGCGGCUCCGGCUCCUGCAGCUGAGACCACACCUCUGGAGGAUAAAUCCAACUCGACAGUGCAGGAGAGUGUGUAGAGCUGCUGCUGACGCAGCUCUCACAGGUGAAGGAGGUUUUAAAUGAAGGAAGCAGCAGAGAUUUUUAAAAAGCUGUAAAUUGAAUUAACUAUUGGAAAAAAGAAACAGAAGUUUUAUAUUAGACCUGCUGACACCGGCAGUGUCAUCGAGUUGUGGGCUUUGAUUUUUAAAAGUCCGGCUUCUGCUUUCACAACUUCACGAUUCCUUCUUUUACGUCCUCCCUCCCUUUACUGUGAGAGAGAAGCAGUCGAUGUACAACACACAGAUUCAAGCUACUGUACAUUCCUACACUACAGCUACACUUCAGCUACACUCAUUAACAAGACGAGGCUUUUUCACUGCAGCUGUGUCGAGUCAGAACGACCCACUUUUCCAACGCGCCGGCACAGACUGUCUGUGCGUUCAACUGUUCCUUGAAAGUGUUCGGAAUCUUGAAACAUGUAAACAAUACGUGUUGAGAGCGUUCAACAACACGUUAACGCUGAUUUGCACAGAGCAAAGAAAAAGAAAUUAGCUUUGACAGGCAGAUAAAUCAAUUAAAGCGUUAAUCAUGGAAGCGUCUGUAUCGGAUAAAAAGAGACGGACGUAGACUUUGCAAGCGACAAAAUUAACAUUUGACACAAGCAAAAUUGUUAAAUUAUAUUAGUUGGUUUAUGAGUAAAGAUUUGCCGACAUGACGUGGAUUCACUCGGUGUUGAUGGAAACUGACUCACAGACAUGAGGUGAGUCAUUACAGUCGAGGACACGUGUCUCCAUUGAUGUCCGAGCUCACGUCCUGCUAGUGUGAGCGAGGAGAUCGUGCACAUUUUGUUUUUAAUUAUUCCUCUUGUGGAUAUUUUAGUGCAAUAUAACACGCCGUUGUUUAAUCCUGUAACAUUUAAUGAUCUUUUAUCCGUUCCUGUUUUCGGACGUGUUCUCGAAUCUGAAUUUAUGCUCUGCAUUCAGCUGAAAAACCUUUUAAUGGCAAAGAACUAAACUUUAAAGACAUAGAGGACAGAUGUGAUCAUGACAAUUUAAGACAAUUUAAAUCUAGAUCCCGAAGUUUUUAGUUUGAUAUUCUUCUCAUCAGUUUAUGUUGCUGGUGCUGAGUUCCAUCAUUUAUUCCAAAAAAAACUAAAUCUGCCUUGUGGCUAUGAUGAAUUUGAGGAUUUCCUAAUGUCUGCAGACAAAAACUGGCCGGUUGAAUAGUCUUAGUUUCAGUAGAUAACAGUAGGGUAACGUGCAAUGUUUCUGUUAAAGAGAAAAUUAUGACUAUUUAUUACCCUAAGAACUUGAUUUUUGUAUGAAAUAUAUAUAUAUGAUGAAGUAAAUUUAGAAUCAUGAUGCUUUCCAAAUUAACACAGGUAUAAAAUAUUAAAUAUGUCUGUAUUGAGCUUUGCCUGCGGUGAGGGAAUCGAACCUGCGUCACUUGAACUGCAGCUCAGAGAUUUAGAUGACGUGACACUGUACAUUUAUUUGUCUCUCUCUAUGUAGAUGCACUUUGUAAAGCAGCAUUAGAGCCACAAUCACUAACAUAGGAGUCAAGUAGUUUCAAUGAAUUAUUCAAAACAACAUUUACCUGAGCGUGAACGUGGCCGAGCUGAUAUUAGAAUAAGUAGGAGUCAAUAAAUAAAAUGUGCAAUCGAUGUAGAAUCUGCAGCCUCGACAAUGUAGAAGUUAAAGCUGCGUCAACAACACGUAGAGGAGGACCACAUGUCUUAAAUGCUUCCUGACGUUAGCUUUAAAUUAUUAUUAUUAAAUGAUAACGGCUUCCAAUACUCAAUCGUCUUUGUCUCUACGAAGCCUGAUAUUCUCUCUACUACCUGAAUGCUACGUUACAUAGCCAGUUAGCUUAGCUGUGGAUUAGCCUUCACCUGAAGCUAGUCAGGAACUCGACGUGUCAUCAGGGCGGAUGCAUCGUAAAUAAAUAAAGUAUUUAAUUUUCUUAUUUGUUGUUGUAAUUCGACAAAUUGUUCAUUUCUUAACAGUGACUCAAGGCAAAGUUAGCUUUUAAAAACUGUAGUUCUUCGAUGGUCCACUAGGGGAGCACUCAGAGAACUGAGGUUACACAAUUAGUAAUCACAAGUUUUUUUAUUCCACCAGUGAAUUAAAGAACAUGUGUUAAUUAUUUCAUGUAACUCAAACUGAUUAUAGCGCCACCUUCAGACAUGUUCACAGAAACUCUUAAUGUCUUUCACACGUCAUUAUUAGUGAUUAUUGAUUAUUGAAAUACAACAAUGUUCAUUCAUUCACUUGUCUCAUUCGUCGGGUCCAGACGCUGUCGACAUUGUGACACUUGGUCUGACGAGUCUGUCGUGUGUGUGGCGUUGUACCUUUUACAGAUGUAUGAAUAACUAACAUUGUACAAUGUGUGUGUAACGUGUGUAUAUGUGUGACGCAAAGUAUAUUUUCUAUAUCCUGUCGUGAGUUAUUGUAGUUGAAGAAGCUAUUUUCGCCCCUGCUGCACUUUAACAACAUAUUUAUUUAUUUACACUACGUAGUAUUUAGUUUUCUGCAAACACUGGAAAAAUAUUUAUCUUGACAAGAAAGUGAUUUGUUCUAAAGUUUGAUCCGAGAGAUUUGAGCUGAAACGUGAAGAUGUGUCACUUUGCAUCUGACGGAGAUAAAAGUUGUUUGAUGAAGUGUGAGACUUGUUAAGAUGAAUAUUUAGCUGAUGGUGGAUGGAGUCAUGGUGUCGUUGUGCGUUGCUGUGUUUGAUGAUAGUGAUGUGCUGUGUUUGCGCUGACGGAGGUGUGUGGUGUUGUGUUGUGUUCCAGCUUCUGUCCCGCACCGCUCCUGCAACACGCCACUAACCCUCAACUUUCAUUUUCGUGAUGUCACAAAUCAAACACCUCCCUGGUUUGAGUCCUGAGGUGGAUUCAAAGUAUCUCAGUGGGGAAAAGAUGAAUAAAACUGUGACUUUAAAAGUGUUUAAAACAAUUGACGGAGAUUUUAAAGGGGAAGUUAUCUACAAGCUGCAGUCUGGGUUCUUAUAAAAUAGUAAAUUGUCCAAAAAACGAAUUCACUCCCCUGCAGCCUCGUUAGAUGAGAUUUUUCUGCAGUUUGAAAAAGAAAAUCUAAAUUUGUCUUUGUGUUUUACUGACAAAGUGUUAGUGUCCGACUGCAGCGCAACAAACUAUGUGACCAGAUUUGAAUCUAACACGUGGAUCCGGGUGCACACGUCUCUUAACCGCAUGACCACCUGCAUCAUCCAGCCAAAGUAUUCAUUUGUAAAAUAUGUACAUUUUGAAAAUAUUAUACUAUUUAUAUGUUGACUUGCACGCUCACAUGUUAGUGUGUUUGAUCUUGUUCUGGGGUGACUGUGAUCUUUUUUUUUUGUUGCUCUUGUCCUUCAUCUCUUUGUCAUCCCUCCAUCACAGCCGUGCUUUUCAUUCGUGCCUCAUUACUCUCACACUCCUCAGGUUUUUUGCGGCCAUAUUGUGUUUCUUCUUUGUUUUUGUUUUUUUACGUACAUCUAAAAAAAAUGUUUUGCCCUCGAUGAUGUUGCUAUGGCGACUGCUGCCAACGUUCCAAAAGUUGGUUGUCAUGUUGCCUAGCGACAGUCAAGGACUGGAAUUCAGAACUGUUACAAACUAAUUUUUACUUUUCAAUUUUAUUUUUAAUUUUGUGGAAGAGACUAAAUCUUUUUAUUCUCUUAUUUAAAUAGUCGUUUGGCUCAGUUUCCUGUCAAUCAUCAUUCUCCAUCUUUUCAUCAUCGCUCCAUCUUUAUUUAUUUUUGUGAAUCCUCACGUUUACGCACAGAGCUGUUGAUCGCUGUUAAUAUUUGGUCAGGGUUUUGGCAGCCAUAUUGUUUUUUAGUUGUUGUUUUUUUUUUGCCUUGAAUUGUUUAAAAAAUAUUUUCCCUUGAUGACGUUGCCACGGCGACUGCUGCCAACGUUACAAAAGUUGGUUGUCAUGUUGCCUAGCGACAGUCAGGGAGUAAAAUUCCAAACUGUUGUUCAAAUGUUUACCCGACGAAAGGCGACUCCGUCAGCUUUGAUUGAAAUAAAACUCGGUCAGAACUGAGACUUCAGUGAAUCAUGUAGCGUCACAGACUCGAGCGUGUUCCUCGCUCUGCCUCGUUAGCUCCUCACCUGUGUGUUGUGUAAUUUAAUGUAUGUUUGAGUAUCACGUACUGCAACGCUGCUCGUGCCUCUGCACCUCGCACAUACAUGCACCGUGUUGUCCACACGCGUGUUUGUGUUUCGCUGCUGUGUCGGAAAACGCUUCCUCGCUCAUUCACUCAUUCACACACUUCGACAGCAUUGCACUGUGGGAGUUUUAGCCUGAAGUCUUUUCAGAUAGUGUGUAAAUGUUGCAUCUAGAGUUUGAUGGUGAAUGUCGUGAAGUGACGAAGUGACAGCCAUCGUCUGUAAACGCUGAGUUCUAUCACAGUAUUUCAUUUUCAAGGUGUUUUGGCACUUGACGACGAGAGUGAUGAAUUGUGGGUAAUCAACCUUCAGUUUCGGUAACACGAUGAACAGCUGGUGUGAAUAUGGAGUAUUUUGGUUGAACAGUCCUGCUGAUGUGCCCCAACACGUUUUAGUUUGUGUUUGUAUUGUAAAUACCAGAUAUGAUGUUAAAUAAAAUCUUCAUCAUGUG